UUACAAGCAUGCUGUAAAUCGAAAGGUAUUUCGUCGAUAUUUCAAAUAUUUGUAAAAAAUUCAAUCAUAGCAAAGUAUAAUACGUAGCAAAGAACAUACGAUAUUGUAAAUUCUGAAUACUGUUUUAAAUUAGGUAUUCAUUCAAAAUUGAAAAUUAAAGUUAUAAGCAUCGUGAAAGGUGAAAGGAAUAUCAAAUUAAAAUAGCAAAAUUCGAACAUACAGAACUCAAAAUUAUACAUUGAGUAGAUAUCACUAGUGAUAUUAUAAACAGUAAAGAAAGCCAAGAAGCUAGACAGCACCAGCACCUCAAGCAUUAAGUGAACCGAAAAGCCUUAUAGAGGAUCUGAUACAAUGGCUGGUACACUGGGACCUCUCACGCAGGAGCUAACCACACUGGCGAAUGGCACACAGAAGAAUAAAACAGACAGUAGUGGUGAGAUGACACCCUUGCAACAAGCAAACAGCAUCAUUCUCGCUGUUCUGCUGAUCAUUAUUAUGAUUUCUAUGGGAUGCACGACAACGGUGUCAGACCUAAAACGCCACUUGAAACGACCCUGGGGGCCAGUUAUAGGCAUCAUUCUCCAAUUUGGAUUCAUACCAUUGACAGCAUAUGCACUGGCAAAUGCCUUACAGCUUUCCGGUCCCCUGGCCAUUGGACUGAUUAUGAUCUCUACGUGUCCGGGUGGUACAGUGUCCAAUAUAUACUCCUUUUGGGCUCUUGGAGAUGUGGCACUCAGUAUUACAAUGACUACAUGCUCAACUGUAAUAGCCAUGGGAAUGAUGCCACUUAAUUUAUGGAUAUACAGUCGCACAUGGACCGAUCGGCAAGCUCAGAUACCAUAUUUGGACGUGGUUGUCUCGUUACUUCUCAUCCUGGUACCUGUUGGAAUUGGCAUGAUCAUCAAAUGGAAGAAUGAUAAAGUGGCAUUCAUUAUAACAAAGGUCGGUAGCUAUGCAGGCAUGAUCGUUAUAGUUGCUGUAGCAAUUCUAUUAGGAAUUGCUUCCCCAGGUCUUUUCACAUCAUCCUGGACAGUCUGGUUUGCUGGAAUCCUUAUGCCGAUCAUUGGGACAUCAUACGGUUUCAUAGCAAGCUCAAUAUGCUGUAGACCAUGGCCACAACGCCGUACAAUCGCAACCGAAAGUGGACUACAGAAUAUGGCUCUGUGCUUAGCUAUCGUGCAGAAUACGUUCCCGCCAAAUCAAUCAAAUGAGGUCAGUCUUAUACCGCUACUAGUUGGUGCAUUUAUGAACAUUGAAGGUCUCGCAUGGAUUAUUGUUUACCGUAUAGUACUACGGGUAAAGAAUAAAGGAAAAGUACCAGAUGCAGACAAUGAAUACAACUUUGACCACAAAGACAUUAAAUCAGAAGCGAUUAUAAUAGACAGUAAUAAACAACCAAACGGACUACAAAAUGGCCAUGUUAAUCAUGGUAUACAACUUGACACAGAAAAAAAGAUUCCAACUUAGCAGCUUAACUUAAUAUCAAUUAGCACUUAAACUUGUAAGGUAAUGACUCUGCGUUCAAUAUGUCUUAAAUAAAU